UUGUACGCAUAAAACUGAAGCCAAUUUAGCUCGCUGCUACAAGAUGGUUGCAGUAAGCAAGAAAACAUGGUUUUCGGUGUGUUUAAUGCUUCUCUUGUUCCUAUUUUUCCAAUUUCAUUUCUCUCAAGGAUCCGAUACAAUAUCACCAGGCCAGUCUCUUUCAGGAAACCAGACGUUAAUCUCUGCCGGCGGAAUAUUUGAACUGGGUUUCUUCACUCCGGGUAACUCUCACAACUACUAUAUUGGCAUAUGGUACAAGUCAUUUCCAGAUAAAACAGUGGUUUGGGUUGCAAAUAGAAAAACGCCCAUCUCGGAUCCUUCAUCUUCAGUAUUUAAACUCUUGGAAGAUGGGAACUUGGUGCUACUCAACCAGAGUGGAGCUACAAUAUGGUCUACAAAUUUGACCUCCAGCUCUGUCAAUUCUACUACAGCGCAGCUUUUUGAUAAUGCGAACUUUGUUCUAAGAAAUGCAUUGGAUUGGUCUGGUGGUGUAUUGUGGCAGAGUUUUGAUUACCCAACUGAUCACUGGAUCCCUGGUUCGAAGGUUGGGUACAAUAAACUUACAAAGGAAAGACAAAUUCUAGUUUCUUGGAGGAACCCGGAAGAUCCAGCGCCUUCGCUUUUUUCUCUUCAACCAGACCAAAAGGGGAACACUCAUUUCUUACUGUGGAAUGACUCUAAACAGUACUGGACAAGUGGGGAGUGGACGGGAAAGAUUUUCACCCAAGUUCCUGAAAUUCAGACGAAUCCUUACGUUAAAAAUGUCACAUUUGUUUCGAACGAGAAUGAGAGCUAUCUUACUUACGAAUCUGCCAUUCCCAAUACUUUGACUAGAUUUGUGCUUAAUGCCUCCGGACAGUACAAUCAGUUUGUAUGGAGAAGUAAUUUUGACGGGUGGAGACCGCUCUGGGCUCGACCGACGCAACAAUGUGAGGUUUAUGCUUUCUGUGGACCUAACAGUAUCUGCAAUCAGCAGAAAGAUUAUCUUUGUGAUUGCUUAGAAGGAUUUGAACCAAAAAUAACAAAGGAUUGGGCGCUGGGAGAUCAUACAGAAGGAUGUGGGAGAAGAGUUUCUUUACAGUGCGAUGGUGGAGAGAAGGAUGAGUUUCUUCUGCUACCAAACAUAGGCUUCCAAGUGAGCUCAAAGUCUUUAGCAGUGGACACAUUGGAAGAAUGUGAAUUAGCUUGUUUAAGCAACUGUUCUUGCAACGCUUUUGCUUAUGAUAAUGGGUGCUUGAUCUGGGAAGCAGACAUCUACAAUCUAGAACAACUUGCAUCUAAUAGUAAGACUGGAAGAGAUUUACAUCUUCGAAUUUCGGCAUCGGAUUCGGAUUGGGUUGGUAGGAGAGGAAAGGGAAAAAGAAACACCACUGUGGUUGUUUGUACAACAAUUGCAGCCUGCAUUACUCUGUUUGGCCUUGUCCUGGUAAUUCUGUGGAAGAGAAGCUCAGCUUCAGCUGGCUCAUUUAAAAUGGUGGAUUCUUUGGUGCUUUUCAAAUACAAGGAUUUAAGAAGAGCAACAAAGAACUUCUCGGCAAAACUUGGUGAGGGAGGUUUUGGUUCUGUUUUUAGAGGGACAUUACCUAAUUCAACAGUUAUAGCUGUUAAGGAGCUCAAACGUUUAAACCAAAGUGAGAAGCAAUUUCGCGCUGAAGUGAAGACUAUAGGAAUGAUCCAACACAAGAAUCUUGUUCGCUUGUAUGGAUUUUGUGCUAAAGCUUCAAAAAGAUCUCUAGUCUACGAGUACAUGCCUAAUGGAUCUCUAGAAACACUUUUGUUUCCAAAGAAUCCCAAGAUUCUAGAUUGGCAGAGUAGAUAUAGAAUUGCCAUUGGGACUGCUAGAGGACUUGCGUAUCUCCAUGAAGAGUGCAGAGACUGCAUCAUACAUUGUGAUAUCAAGCCUGAUAACAUAUUGUUGGAUGCAGAAUACAACCCAAAAGUGGCUGACUUUGGUCUUGCAAAGCUCUUUGGGCGAGAGUUUAGCCGGGUUCUGACGACCAUGAGAGGAACCAGAGGUUAUCUAGCGCCUGAAUGGAUGUCAGGUGAAGCUAUCACACCCAAAGCUGAUGUUUUUAGCUAUGGAAUGCUGUUGUUAGAAAUUAUAUCAGGAAGGAGAAACAGUGAGUCGUCAGAAGGUGGAUUUGAGAACUACUUUCCUCUCCGGGUUGCUAAUGCAGUCAACAAAGGAGAAAAUGUUGUUAUGUUGUUGGAUGACAGGUUGGAAGGUAAUGCCAUUUUGGAAGAGCUUAUUAGAGCUUGCAAAGUUGCUUGUUGGUGCAUUCAAAAUGAUGAGAAGGAUAGGCCAAACAUGGGGCAAGUAGUUCAAAUUCUAGAAAAUUUUUCAGAAGUGGGGAUACCCCCAAUCCCAAGGUUUCUUCAACACCUUCAAGAUGAUGCAUCCAAAGUUGUGGUUCAUCAGGAGACUACUUCAAGAUCAGAUUUGCAGGCAUAAAUAAAUGUGUCAACCAUCUUCCAGUCUACAGCAUAAGCUUCUCCUUCUCUUCGUCCGUCCUGUAAAAGGAUAAUGGGAUGGUAACUGCUAUAGUUAUAACUUGGAUAACUUCAAAGAAUCGGUUUGUUUCCAUUGCCAUUAG